AUGUGUCUGUUCCAACUCCAUCUACCACAGUUCCAUCUUAGUCUACCACUGUUCCACCUUAAUCUACCACAGUUCCAUCUUAGUCUACCACUGUUCCACCUUAAUCUACCACAGUUCCACCUUAGUCUACCACAGUUCCACCUUAAUCUACCACUGUUCCACCUUAAUCUACCACAGUUCCAUCUUAGUCUACCACUGUUCCACCUUAAUCUACCACAGUUCCACCUUAAUCUACCACAGUUCCACCUCAAUCUACCACAGUUCCACCUCAAUCUACCACAGUUCCACCUUAAUCUACCACAGUUCCACCUUAAUCUACCACAGUUCCACCUUAAUCUACCACAGUUCCACCUUAAUCUACCACAGUUCCACCUUAAUUUACCACAGUUCCACCUCAAUCUACCACAGUUCCACCUUAAUCUACCACAGUUCCACCUUAAUCUACCACAGUUCCACCUUAAUCUACCACAGUUCCACCUUAAUCUACCACAGUUCCACCUUAAUCUACCACAGUUCCACCUUAAUCUACCACAGUUCCACCUUAAUCUACCACAGUUCCACCUUAAUCUACCACAGUUCCACCUUAAUCUACCACAGUUCCACCUUAAUCUACCACAGUUCCACCUUAAUCUACCACAGUUCCACCUUAAUCUACCACAGUUCCACCUUAAUCUACCACAGUUCCACCUUAAUCUACCACACUUCCACCUUAAUCUACCACAUUUCUAA